UGAGGGAGCUGCCCAGUCCCAGACCCCGAGCCUCUCCCGGGACCGCCUUCUCCCAAUCACAGACCCUUAGAUUUAGUAGUAUGGGGGAGGUGGUUCCCAGGAGGAAGAAGCGAGGCGGAGCCUGCAAGCCAAGGUCCUUUCUCUAGGGAAGUCACUGUCCCAGGUGUCUCUGUGGAUGUUAGGGGGCGGAGGAAAAGAGGAGAGGGGUCAGGAACACUUCCUUUGCUUUCCUUAACAUCAAGACCCGCGGCGCCAUUAUCUCCCAGGAGGGCGGUACACACACCUGGGCCCCGCCACACACCUACGAGCUAGGAGGACCCAGAGGGACUGCGCUGUCAGCGCUGCUGGAAGUGGGGGCGGUGCUAUAGCGAACCUGGAGGGAGGCCAAGGGCCUGGGAGGGACCUGCCCUGGGGCGGAGCGGGCAGCGGGUGGUGGCAGGGGACGGGUCUGGACUGUAUAGGCGCCCGGGGCACAGGACGCAGCUGGACAGGACUCGGCUAUGGCUGUGCUCCCCGCGGAGGGAGCUUGGAGGCUGGGCGCACUGCUGCUCCUGAUCUGCUUUCACUUUGGAAAUGGACUUCACUUAAAGGUUUUACAUACAGAUAAUGAAAAUGGUCUGAUCUCUCCACAAGGAAACUUAAUCCGACAAAAGCGGGAGUGGAUCACUGCUCCUGUAUCCCUUAGGGAAGGGGAGGACCUCUCAAAGAAGAAUCCAAUUGCCAGAAUUCACUCUGAUCUUGCCCAUGAACAAAACAUAAAAGUUACAUAUCGUUACACUGGACAAGGGAUUACAGAACCACCUUUUGGUGUAUUUGUCUUUGAUAAAAUUACUGGUGAACUGAAUGUUACUAAGAUUCUUGACCGAGAAGAAGUUCCAAUGUAUAUACUAACAGGCUAUGCUUUGGAUGAGAGAGGAAACAACCUGGAAAGGCCAUUAGAGUUGAGAAUUAAAGUUCUUGAUGUAAAUGAUAAUGAGCCUGUGUUCACCCAAGAUGUCUUUGUUGGGUCUGUUGAAGAACUAAGCCCAGCAAAUACACUUGUGAUGAAAAUUAGUGCAACAGAUGCUGAUGAGAAAAAUCAUAUCAAUUCCCAAGUUUCUUAUAAGAUUGUGUCUCAGGAACCAGCCCAGCCUUUUGUCUUCUUCCUUGAUAAAGACAAAGGAGAGAUUCUAACAACAGCAUUUCUUCUGGACAGAGAGAAACACAGCCACUACAGUCUGAUUGUUGAAGCAAGUGACAGAAGUGGACAAAAAACAGAUAAGCCUGUGAGUCGAGCCAAAGUACAAAUUAACAUUUUAGAUGUCAAUGAUAACAUACCUGUGGCUGAAUUUGAGAUGUAUGAGAAUACAAUCGAAGAAAAUCAAGCAAAUGUGGAAGUCAUACGGAUAAAAGUAACUGACUUGGAUGAAGUAGGCUCAGAUAACUGGCUGGCAAAUUUUACAUUUAUUUCAGGAAAUGAAGAAGGUUAUUUCCAUGUAGAAACAGAUUCUCAAACAAAUGAAGGAAUUGUGACUCUUGUUAAGGAAUUGGAUUAUGAAGUACUGAAGAGUCUUGACUUGAAGAUCAUUGUCACCAAUAAAGCACCAUUUCACAAAUCAAUUAGAAAUAAAUUCAAAGCAAAAUCCAUUCCUAUCAAGAUCAAAGUGAAAAAUGUAGUGGAAGGUGUUUAUUUUCAAAGCCAAUCAAUCAAAGUCCAAACUAGUGAACAAAUGGAGAGGUCUGAAAUAGGUAAAACUAUUGGAAAAUUUCAAGCCUAUGAUCAGGACACUGGGAAAAUAGCCCAUGUAACGUAUGCCAAGGGAGAAGAUGUUGACAAUUGGAUCACAGUGGAUCCUAUCACAUCUGAAAUCAAACUUGUUAAAAUUCCUGAUUAUGAAUCUAAAUAUGUCAUUAAUGGUACUUAUAUUGCAAAGAUCGUGGCUAUCACUAAAGAUAUUCCUAGCAAAACGGUCACUGGUACCAUUGAAAUCAUGGUAAAAGAUAUUAAUGAUAACUGUCCAGAACUUGUAAAUCCAGUACAAACUAUCUGUGAUGAUUCAACAUAUGUAAAUGUUACUGCCAAGGACCUGGAUGGUUAUCCAUAUAGUUCCCCUUUCAGCUUUGCAGUCAUUGACAAACCAGCUGGAAUGGCAGAGAAUUGGUACUUUGGACACCAAGAAAGUACAAGUGCAUGGUUAAUACCUAAAGAAUUAAAAAUAGGCAGAAGUGAAGUCCACCUGUCAGUGAGUGACAACCAAGGAUUAAGCUGUCCUGAAAAACAGAUCCUGACUUUGACAGUCUGUAACUGUGUGAGUGGUAGUGGCUGUACUGAACCCCUGUUCGACCCCUAUGUGGGGCUGGGGUCUGGAGCAAUUGGGCUCAUGAUUUUUGCACUGCUUCUGUUGCUACUUUUACCCCUUUUACUGCUUCUGUGCCACUGUGGUGGUGGAGGAGGAGGAGCCCACGGCUUCACAGCCAUACCUGGUACUGUAGAGAUGCUGCAUCCGUGGAACAAUGAAGGGGCACCACCUGAAGACAAGGCAUUGACACCUCUCCUGGCCACAGAUGCUGGAGUAAAUUUUGGAGCAACCCCUGGAGGAUUAACUAGAGUAGGAAUUAUAAGCAGUGAAUCAACUAAGAGAGGAAGUAGCUCAGGCCAUCACACUAUGACUGUGGUAGAUGGAGGAUGGGAAGAACAUAGAAACCUUCUGACUAGUGGAAUUACAAGAACUGUUGGGUCAGCUGGAGCCAUGAGCGGUGCCACAACAAUGGGGGCAGCUGGAGCCAUGAGUGGUGCCACAACGAUGGGGGCAGCUGGAGCCAUGAGUGGUGCCACAACGAUGGGGGCAGCUGGAGCCAUGAGUGGUGCCACAACGAUGGGGGCAGCUGGAGCCAUGAGUGGUGCCACAAUGCUGGGGGCAGCUGGAGCCAUGGGGGCAGUUGGAGCCAGGACAACCACCAUGGCACUGAAUGAAGAAUAUCUGAAAAACUACUUUAGUGAUAAAGCUGCUUCCUACGUUGACAAUGAUGAAAUUCAAGCAGCAAAAGACUGCCUUCUAGUUUAUUCUCAGGAAGAUUCGCAGUCUCUUCAUGGUUCUAUUGGCUGUUGCAGCUUCAUCGAGGGAGACUGGGAUGAUAGUUACCUGGAUGAUUUAGGAAUCAAGUUCAAGAUGCUAGCAGAAAUAUGCACGGGGCAAAAACUAGAGACAGCUAAUGAACCCAGUCCAGGGCACAAACUUCCCACCAAAGCUAGUACACGUACAGCUUCCCAUUCCCUUUAUGAGCAGAGUACCAUUCAGACAGAAAAGUCCCACUCCUCGUCGUCGGGCAUCAGCCUCCAGGCUUCAAAGCCUCUGAGCGAGUCGCCUUCAGAGACCACGAAGCAAGAAUUAUUCGCUGAACGGUCCUUCUCUUCCAGGCAGGGGCUGAAGGUGGGGAGACCCGGCCCCGAUCUGCCUCCUGGGAAUAUCGUCAUAACAGAAACAUCCUACGCCUCAGGCUCCACAUUGCCCCCCAGUACUCUGAUCCUCAAUUCCAGGCCCCCGCAGAGCCUCGUGGUGACCGAGAGGGUGUACGCUCCCACCUCCGCUUUGGUAGACCAGCCGCUCGUCCGGCAGCGCGAGGACCAAAGCAAUAUGGUGGUCACUGAGAGGGUGUACGCUCCUGCCUCUGCUUUGGUAGACCAGCCGCUCAGGCAGCGGGAAGACCAAAGCAAUAUGGUGAUCACCGAAGUGGCCCGGCCUAAGGGCGCCAUGUCUGGUAGCCUAGGAAACAUUAUGGAUGUUCCUGAUUCGAGCUAUGUUGUGGUGAGGGAGAGAGAGAGCUUCCUGGCCCCGAGCUCGGGCCUGCAGAGCGUGAUGGUAACAGAAGGAGGGGUGGCCUCCACCUCGAAUCUGCAGGCCUCAAAGACGGCCUCCCUACAGAAAAAUUUAGAUUUACAGGAAUCUGGUCCAUCUCAUUCGAUGGUGACCGCAUCUUCCACCAGAAUCACCAAGCACAGCACCGUCCAGCAUUCUUAUUCAUAAUGGCCCCUCUCGGUAGUGCGGGCAGCUUUUGUUUUCAGAGGGCCCAGCCUCCGGCCUAGUCCUGUCAGCUCCCAAAAGGAAGCCUCAGAACUGACUCCAGCAUCUGGUCUCUUAGAAUUGGAAAACAGUCACAUCUUGGUAGUGAGUGGAGGCCCAGACGGUACAUCCAGCUGCCUGCUUUCGGGCCUGUGUCGCAGAAGUGCCUUAUGGCCUGCGAGGGCCAACAAAAAACGAUCCCCUUCCUUUAAUGGCCUUAUAAUUCAGUUCAAUUAAGCAAGCGCUUACAAAGUCCCUUCUGUGCUACGUGCUGAGGAUACAGGAAAAAAGCCAUCCUUGCCCUCAAGGACCUCCUGUGUCCUAUCUGAGGGGAGAAGUAAUAAUAAUUACUAUUGGAAUAAUAGCAAAAACUAAUAUAGGCUUAUUAGGCCCUAAGCACUCCACAAUCAUUAUCCCAUUUGAUCCUCAUCCUGGGAGGCCUUUUUUUUUGUCAUCCCCAUUUUAUAGACGAGGACAAUGAGGCAAACGGAAGUUAUGUGACUUGCCCAGGUUCACACUCGAGGAAGUGUCUGAGGCCAGAUUUGAACCCUGUCUCCGAGCCAUCUAGCAGGCCCCUAGGCCACAGUUUAUACUAAGUGUGCAAGACCCCAGAGUAGGCCCUGAGGGUCCAAAGAUGAAAUAAAACAUAGCUUCUGCCUUCAAGGAGCUUUUGGUCUAAUGAGAAAGAAAUUAUCUUCUAGAGAACAGAGUUGCAAAGUAGAUUUAAGCAGCUGUCCUAAAUUGGGUGAGUUUCUGUUGCCUGAUUUUCCUCUUUUUUCAUCCCCAUAUGCUCUUUGGAGGCGUCAUACCUUAUACUACACUACCUGCAACAAUCCAUUUCCCCAAAGAUUCCCAUCCUAGCUUUAUCUUGUUCUCCCAUAUUUGACAUUGGAGUGGCUCAAAGACUGAGCCAUUUGUGAGAUGAACUAAUUGGGAAUUCUAUCUGACCACACUGGCUCAACUUUUAUUUUAUUUAUCAGAUAUGGACUUAUGGGGGGAAAGCACCAAAUAUUUUCCUCCCAGGCUAUCACCAAAAAUGCAUAUUGAAAGUGUUUGAUCCUAGUUCCUAGUUCUCUGUUUUAAUUUGGAUGAUUUUUCCUGUAGCACGAAAGCAAGUAUGUAGGAUAUUUUUUUUAAGGCACCUAAAACCCAACAUAAGAAAGUUUGGACCUGUAUUACAGUUAUUUUCCUACAAAACAACCUCUGCUCCUUGACCCCUGACUUCCCCAAAUUCUGCCAAGGAUACAUGGAAUUUGCCUUCCAGAUUCAUUGACAAAUUCCAGUGGAAUUUGUAGUCACAUAAUUGCAUCAGUUUCUGGUUAAAAGACUGACUUUCUGUGCUUUAGAGAGAAGUCCUCUAAAAUUGUACAGUUUUGACUCCAAAGAAUCUGACUUACAAUCUAAAUGCUAGAAACUUUAGAAGGUGUUACACUUUUGCACUUUUCCCUUUGAAAAUUACUUCGUUUUUAAUUGUCAUACUUUUUACUUUGCCUGAUGACAAAAUUCACUUUGUCUGUUCUUAAUUUUUAACGACUCCUUUUCCAAAGAAAACUCAGUAAAGGACUGAUUUAAUAAUUCUAGUUAAAUUAAGUGCCUACUGUGUAUGCUUAAGGCCAAUUCUGUGUAUACUUCAGAUUACAUGGAUAUACAUUUAAAUAUUUCUUACCCAGAAAAAUAUUUUGAUAAUUUAUAUUAGAACAUUAAUGAAUUUGUGAUUUUAGGACUUUGUAGAUAUUAUAUUUUCCAGGGAAAUUUUUUUAAAUUCCCAAUUAAUAGUUUCUGUAACUUGUACUAUUCAUUUAACAUAAGUGAUUUUCCUAGUACCUGCCAUUUAGAGAAUUCGAUAGACUUCAUAUACUUCUCACUCGUUUUAGUCAAUUGGGUUGGUUUAUGUUAGCUUUUAUAUACCAUUAAUGCCCCCCCACUCCUCUACCUGCCCCCCCUAGGUCCUUUCCAUCAGGAAAAUGGGAAUGAAUGAUUUGCCCAUCAUGAUUAAAGCAAAGAAAGGUUCUAAACCUGUCAUGUAGCAAAAUUUCUUCCUUUUGCUUUUUUUUUAAGUUGCUCAUAUUAUAAAAUUUUAGAACUGGAAGGAGGCUGUCUCAUCCAACCCCCUCAUGUUUACAAACAAGGAAACAGAAGCCCUAAACUGAUUUUUCCAAAAUCACAAAAAUAGUAAAUAACAGUCAAGAUUCAAAUCCAGGUGUUCCUGACUUUGAAUGGACUGCUUUUCCUACUGUGGUAUUAGUAUACUUUUUUACUGUCACUUACAGCUUUGCCAAUGACAUUUUGCCUAAUACCUCAUGGAUCCUUAAUCUAAUUUUGUGAGCACCCAAGUGCACUGGGGUAGACUGUAGUUGUAGUGGACAAGUCUGGUGAGUUGCUGUGGCCGAAAAUAUUCAUCCCUUGGUAUCCUCAGCAGACUUACCUAGGUUGAGCCACAGAUGAGACAUCAGAGCAGAUUCUCUGCCCUGAGCUUAGUCAUUUCAAGCUUAGAAGAGAUCUUCCAGAGUUUGUAUUCUAUUGGUAGAGUGUCUGAGAAUGAAGGGACACUUCCAUUCUCCAAUGAAGCAUUACUAUGGUGGCUUUUUUCUAAAAUUAAAACCGGAGAAAAUCAUGUGUAAAAUUGGAGAUGUAAAUAAAUGGCAAAAAAAUAAAUAAAUAAUAAAGCUGACUUAAAUAGGACUUGUGACUUUAAAAGGGAGAAAUAUUAAAAUUAUAAAAGUUUGAAUAAACUAUUUUUGGCCUAUACUUAGUGUAAUUCACACAAGAGUCAUCCUUCUUUGUUCCUGAGGGAGUAACUGAUUUGUUUUUUGUUGUUCCUUUGAUUAGUUAUAUUCCUACAUAUUGUCAUAAAAACUUUGAAUAAAAAGAUUUUAACAUUGUCCUUUUUCCCACA